AUGGGCUCAUCACAGCAGAAGUCCAGGAUAAUCAGUGGGCAGUGUUAUAAAACUGUGGAGAAGGAGCAGAAAAAGGAACAGAAGAGUCCAGAAAAAAGUUUCCCCGGUUGCAUGAGGGCUGGUCUUGGCUUCAUUAGAGAAAGCCUUCACGGGAGCAUAUUUAUUGAUAUUGAAAGAGUGCCAGCCAGGAGAAGCAAGGCUCAUUCUAAGCAAAGUGGAUGCUUCUAUAAGUUCAAAAGUCUGGCUGUGAAGAUGGAGGAAAGUGACCUUGUUUUUAAGGAGCUAAUGCAGGAUGGAAAUGAAGAUGAGGCUGGGCUAGAAAACAAGGGGCAGGUGGGGAAUGCAAUUAAGUUCACUGUUGUGGGCGAUGGUACUGUUGGUAAAAUAUGUCUCCUUAUAUCCUACACAACAAACAAAUUUCCAUCUGAAUAUGUACCGACAAAUGUUUUUGACAACAAUGCAGUCACAGUUAUGAUUGAUGGAGAGCCAUUUACUCUUGAGUUUUUUGUUACUGCAAGGCAAAAGGAUUAUGGAUUACUACCACUGAGUUACCCACAAGCAGAUGUAUUUCUAGUUCGUUUUUCAGUGGUCUCUUCAUCCUCAUUUGAAAAUGUGAAAGAAAAGUGGGUGCCUGAGAUAACUCAUCACUGUCCAAAGACUCCUUUCUUGCUUGUUGGGACCCAAAUUGAUCUCAGAGAUGACCCUUCUACUAUUGAGAAACUUGCCAAGAACAAACAGAAGCCUAUCACUCCAGAGACUGCUGAAAAGCUGGCCCGUGACCUCAAGGCUCUAGAUCAUAGGGCUCAAAAAUGGAUGAAGUGUUGGUGGUAG